UAACGAGUGAAGAAAAAAAACGAUAUUGAAAUUUCAAUAGGAGGGAACAACCGAACAAGGGAAGGAAAACAAAGACCUGGGUUGUUGAAGAAAUUUAAUUGAGAUACUCGACUUGUUUCAGCUUGAUUUGACUACGAUUUUCCGUCUCCCAAAUCUCCAAACACGUUACCAGAAUAAAAGGGUCGGUUUUUGAUCUCUGGCGGCGGCGGAGGAAGUGGCAGCCGGAGCUGUUUCCGCACUCUUUUUUGUGAGGAAGGCGGAGACGGGUAAGGGAAGAAGUUUCUUGCUGUAAGAAUGGCGGGGAGGACAAUGGAGUGGGCGGCCAAAGCAACUCACUUGAGAGGAAUACCGAGAAAAUUGGUGUUCUCGGCUGCCGGAGCCUUCGCUAAAGCUGUGGUCAAUUUGCUCAACAACACCACCGUUCACAAUGCGGAUACACUGAUUCGUCUUGUUCGAUCCCGCCCUCCGGGUGUGCCUCUCAUUACCGUCAGCAAUCAUAUGUCCACGUCAGUCAGUCAGUCUUGCCUUCUUGCUCUCUUGAUUAUUUACUGUAAACUAUUUUUGGUAGUUUUGAUCCUCUGUUUCUUCUGACUCUUAAGUGGCUCUGUGAAUUAGUCUUCUUUGGGUUAAGAGAUAGAAUGAGCUCAUUUUUCACUUAAAUCCCAUGAAACUGAAGGGAAAUAUGUCAUCUUUUAGAAUGUUGUCAUUUGAAGUUGUGUUAAUGCGGCUACUCUAAUUAUGAGUUGCAAUUCUUUUCGAUUUUUUGUCAGCAUAUUGAGACUGAACAAUGUUGUGAUGUUUUUAUGCUGAGCAAACCAAUAGUAGGUGUAGUUAAAACGUGAUGGUUUGAAAAUUGUGAAUGAGAUAUGUUUAGAAUUAGAGAUAAAAACUUCCUUUCUAGAGUAGUUAUGAGGCACCUGAUUGAUCUUUUAUCUGGUGGUAUUAACUAGGAGUUGGGAUUAUUUUGAUUCCAUUUGGAUUUUCUAGUGCUUCUUAUGUUUCUGUUGAACGUAAUGCAGGUUAGACGAUCCACUUAUGUGGGGUUUCAAAGGCUUUCCUGCUACAGAUCCAAGUCUUGGACGCUGGGUUUUGGCUGCUGAAGAUAUUUGCUUUAAAAAUCCGGUGUUUUCGUAUCUUUUCCGACUUGGGAAAUGCAUACCUGUAACACGAGGAGGGGGAAUUUAUCAGGAACACAUGAAUGAAGCUCUUGAUCGUUUGAGGGAUGGAGCUUGGUUACAUACAUUUCCAGAAGGAAAAGUGUGUCAGGAAGUUACAGCUAUAAGAAGAUUAAAAUGGGGAACGGCCAGUCUUAUAGUCCGUGCUCCUGUAACUCCAAUUGUUUUACCAAUUGUUCAUCAUGGUUUCGAAAAGGUAAUGCCAGAGAAAUAUAUGUUUGAUAGAAGACCACUGGUGCCAUUGUGGGGUAAGGAUAUUGAUAUUGUUGUUGGGGAGCCAAUAGAGUUUGAUGUUCCUAAACUGAAGGAGAUGGCAAUUUCCGAGUCGAGGAAUCCUAGUCAUUCUGGUGCCACUUGGCGAACUCUUAAACCUUGCGGACUGGAUGAAGCAGCACAACGCCAUCUAUACUCAACUAUAUCAGAGCAAAUUAGGAUCGUCAUGGAGAGAUUAAGAAAUCUUGGAAAAGCUGAGGCGUUGAGUUUAGGUCAACGAACUGAACUUUGAUAGUUAUGGAAUGAUUUUAAGUUAACAGCAACACUGGAGUUAGUCUAGGGUUUUGCUGCAGUUUCUGCUGCUGUCUUUCCACCUCCCUGGAUUCAUUGAGGGCCGAAUUGUCUUCACAUGUCAAUGGAUCAUCUAGACACAAGAAUUAGUAAGCAAGUAGAAUGAUAUUUUUUUCCUCCCGGACUAUAGAGAGAGUAGCAAAUUGCUGCAGGCUCUGUGGACUACCACCAUCAAAUUGAUUUAUUAUUGGAUGGGGUAUACCCUGGGAUUUUGUGGUUGAGUUUUCUAUUGAGUAAUCUGUGACUACUGAACGGCAGGAUUCCAAUGAUACUGCCUCGUCGCAUUCAGCAGACUAUAUCUUUCAUGUUGACAGAGAAGCUAUUGUUUUCACUUUCUAAUCUCGCAAAUUGCA